CACUCACUUCACAAGCUAGCUAGAACUGUUUCGUCCUGCAGGAGAAGAGAGGAAGAAGGAGAGACAGGCAGAGAAAAAAAGUUGGCCAUGGGGCGUGGCAAGAUCGAGAUCAAGAGGAUCGAGAACGCGACGAACAGGCAGGUGACGUUCUCGAAGCGCCGGGGAGGGCUGCUCAAGAAGGCCAACGAGCUCGCCGUGCUUUGCGACGCCCGCGUCGGCGUCGUCAUCUUCUCCAGCACCGGCAAGAUGUUCGAGUACUGCAGCCCUACCUGCAGCUUGAGGGAGCUCAUUGAGCACUAUCAGACCGUCACCAACACUCAUUUUGAGGAGAUCAACCACGAUCAGCAAAUAUUUGUGGAGAUGACGAGAAUGAGGAACGAGAUGGAGAAGCUGGACGGCGGCAUCAGGAGGUUCACCGGCAACGACCUCUCCAACCUCACCCUCGCCGACAUCAACGACCUUGAGCAGCAGCUCGAGUUCUCCGUCACCAAAAUCCGCACCAGAAAGCAUCAGCUCUUGAACCAGCAGGUGGACAACCUGCGUCGCAAGGAGCACAUCCUGGAAGACCAGAACAGCUUCCUGUGCCGUAUGAUCAACGAGAACCAUCAGGCGGCGGCGAUGGGCGGCGGCGACGUGAAGAUGGUGGCCGAGAUGGCGCCGGUGCUGUCGAUGCUGACGGCGCCGGCGUCGUACUACGGCGGCGAGGAGUCGUCGAGCACGGCGCUGCAGCUGACCCCGCCGCUGCAGCACGCCGUCGACGCCGCCGCGGCGGCCGCCGGGUUCCGGCUGCAGCCGACGCAGCCCAACCUGCAGGACCCCGGCUGCAGCAGCAGCAGCUUCCAUGCCGCCGCCGGCCACGGCCUGCAGCUGUGAGAGAUGAUUAUUUGUGAUGGCAUUGUUGAUUCUUGGAGGAGUAACUUGGAAACCAUGCAUGACAUAUGAUGCAUCAUCAGCUGAUGAUGGCGAGUUGGGUUGCUGUGCUGUUGUUCAUCACUUUGGAUAUAUUUGAGUUCUCUAUAUAUAUAUGUAUCUAAUUAAAACAUCGGAAUAAUCAAACUUUUCUAGUUAAUUAAUUAGUACAGCUGCUAGUACUUUGAUAUAUAUGUUGGUGUGUGUACUACGUACUGGAUGUACUGGAGUCCAAUAAUAUUAUUAUUAUAGUCCAUGGAGGCAUGCAUUUGCAUGGUUAAUUAGUAGAGA